AUGAGUUGGUUAACGACCCUGACGGGGUUUCUGACCCCGGCAUUCCUUAUCCUCUCGCCGGUUCUUUCGUACAGCGACCAGGCGUACUCGAUGCACCGGACAAGAUCCAGCGCCGGGUUCUCGCUGGACAUCCCACUUAUUAUGCUCAUCGCUUCGUUGCUGAGGAUAUUCUACUACCCCGGUGCCAAAUACGAUAAUGCGCUCCUCGUCCAAUCGUUCGUCAUGGUGGUCAUGCAGGUGUUGCUGCUGAAGAUUGGCCUGGACCACCGGCCGGCACCAUAUUCAAAGGCGGGGGACGCGUCGGUUCCAUUUUCGCGGGUCAAUGAGACGCAGCGGCCGUUCAACUUUUGGCAGUGGAGGUCGGCCAAGCCAUAUUGGCAGUUUCUGCUCGGUCUGUUCGUCGGGCUCGUGGCUCUCGAACUCUUGCUCUCGCCCAUCCCCUCGGUGUACCAGUCCUACUCGUCACUCAUCGGCGUCAUCGGACUUUCGGUCGAGGCGACGCUUCCGAUCCCCCAGAUCCUCUCCAACAUGCGGACUCGCUCAUGCAAGGGGUUCCGGGUGUCUCUGCUGGCUAGCUGGUUGAUUGGUGACGCCAUGAAGAUGUUUUGGUUCUUUACGUCGACCACGUCCAUCCCCUGGGCGUUCAAGAUCUGCGGCAUGUUCCAGGCGUGCUGCGAUUCCUUUUUGGGGGUGCAGUAUAUGAUGUAUGGGGAUGGAGGCGCGAAGGACCAUGCGUCCCCGGUGUGGCAGCAUGAGAUGCAGUCUAAUGGGUUUUCCACGGCGAGCGGCCACUCCCACACGCCCGGCCGGAGGACGUCGACGACAGAGAAGACGAUAUGA